GCUGCGAUAACGGGCGUAUCGAUAAAAUAAGGGCCGUAUCGGUUAAUUUGAUUGCUUUUUCCUUUUUUUUUUUCAUAUACAAUAGCGAAAAAGUACAUUGUCAAAUGGAUAGCAUUUUUGAAAUGUAAACCACUCCAGGUACAUUUAAUUAUAGAAAAUCUAUUUCUGGUUAGGGAAGAGAAAUAAUGGGGAAAUUUUUUUUUCAUUGGUCGACGGAUGUAAACGGAACUCGAUGCGACGGUACUGCGCCACGACUACUGCCACGAUGGCCGAGGAGACUGACACAAACGAUAAAGCGGCGAUGGAAAGUAUAGCGCAAAAUAUACUCGAGGUCAGUACCGGAGGUGGGUCUGCGUCGAACGAAGUAUCCGCAUUAGAGUUUCAAGCAUCGCAAGUGAUUUCGAGGCUCGAGGAAGCUGUCGAGAGGGCAGCCGACGGUGGCGGUACUACUUGGAAUAAUCCUUCUGGAUUUCUUUCACAAUCAAAAACAACUGAUGAGAUAUUAACUUUAAUUCAGGACUUGGUAAUUCACGAAGAUGCCCCUCAACCAGUGGAAGACGGUUCAACGGAAACAGCAACGAGCCAAGUGACUACAUUACCAACGUUAACAGAGCCAGCAAAAUUGGCAUUGAUCGCGCACACCGUUUCUGCUUACGCUCUAGCACUUCCAAAAUCGCACGCUCAAAGAUUAGCUGGUCGAUUAGCUGCUGAUACAACAAGAUGGCUAAGUCAUAUUUUUCGUUUCGUCGACUGUGCUGCCUCGUUUCACGAGGAUCACUUGGAAGGAUUGGUCAGAGUAACCAGGUUGGCCCUGCACCGAAAAUAUCCGCGAUACAUGGAAGAAGGUUUCACAGCGCUGGCUGCUUCCCCUCCUUUAAUUUACAGUUCUGUAGCCGCGCCUUUAGGUGUGGUUCAGCACCUCUGCAGACAACUUUCGCUGCCACUUCAUUGCGUAAGGCCGAUCCCCCAUAAUACAAUGUUUGGAUCACGGUACAGCAUGGACGUGUCCGCUUUGGAACGACGACUGGCGGAAGACACACAGUCGAAUAACGUGACACCGCUUCUCGUAUUAGCAGAAGCUGGUUCGGUAUUAACGGGACAUUGCGACAAUAUCGCUAGGCUGCGCGCAAUUUGCGAUAAGUAUAACGUGUGGCUCCAUCUCAGAGGACACUCACUGGCUGCAUUAGCAUUGAAUAACUCUGCUAAAGAUCUGCCUUCUAAGAUCGCGGACAGUAUUACAUUGCCUCUUGGUGUGUGGCUUGGUAUACCAUCUUUGCCAGUGGUUACCUUGUACAGAUUAACAGAUACGAAAGGUGGUCGGCCAACUCCAAGAGAUACCACUCUGUCUUUGGUGUCUGGUUUGAUGACUGAUUCAUUGUCAAGACGGUUACCGACUUUGCCAUUGUGGGCCACUUUGCAAGUAUUAGGUAGAGAUGGUGUAUAUAACAGGUUAAAGAGGUGCUUUUUGGCUGUGGAAGAAUUAUACAACAAAAUUAAGAAAUUUUCUUGCAUAAGGAUAUUGAGUCAACCACCUGGAGGUGAAACAGGGUCUUACACGAUAAAUGAGCUUCUAACAAAUCCCGUUAAUAAUCCGCAAUUAUUUGAAACGGUGGCCAGCGCUUUAGUGUUUCAAUUUGUACCUGCAGACAGAGAUCCUCAAGCAUCGGAACGCGUUCCACCCUAUUACGACAAACUAAAUUCCUGGCUAGGACAAAUCCUUCAGAGAGAUAUCGAGAAUGUACAAAUAGAACUGUGCGAGAUAGAACAUCACGGCGUGGCGAUUCGCAUUUGUCCUCUGGAAAAUCCGGAACAACCUCCUUCGGCCGAGGACAUUGAUAACGUGGUAGCUUGCCUCGAGCAACAGAUAGAAAUACUACUAGCCACGGUCGAACACAAAGCAACGUUUGUACGAUUAGUUUCAGAGAAUGAUUCAUUGCAUUUAGUAGAGAUGCCUGGUUGGGCAGGCCUUGGUGGAGUACGUUACGCUCCUCCCACUUGGAUUCACGUUAUGACCGACCAAGCGAAAGAGGAAUUGAACCGAUUAAACACACAGCUGGUUGAAGCUUUACGAAACACAGACGCGGCGUUUUCUCUAGGAGAAGGAGCCGAUGGUUUAGCUUGCGUACGAUUUGGAAUGGUUACGCAAGACACAGACGUGGCUGAGUUAUUGUCUCUGGUAUUGCAAGUAGGCCAAGAAGUGGAGGCUAGCUCUAAAUUAUUGGAUACUAUAUCAGAGGUGGUUAAAAGAGGCAUCGAAGCAGCGCAGACAGAUUUGGAGAGAGAAAACGCGGAAAAAUUAUGGCAAGAGGGUAUUCUUAGACACGUUCCAGUUGUUGGAACUUUUGUCAAUUGGUGGAGUCCUCCUUCAAAGGAGACUGGAGUUCGUGGACGUAGUCUAAAUCUACAAGCUGGGGUGGUUGAGAGCACAGAGAAUAUUUACAAGUAUCAUAUGCAACUGCAACCUAAUUCUACAGUGAUCAAUGGAUCAGGUGCUAGAACUCCACCUCAGCCUCUGGUGCAAACACCAGUUGGUGCUGGUAGUCAAAGUCACAGUCGUUCAUCGAGUCAUUCUAGCUUGCAAAGCGGCAAAAGUGUCUCUGUGAUCACAAAUGCAGUGUCCCACCCACAGGUGAAAGAGGAGUCUAGCCAGGUGAAGUCGUAGUGAUUAUUCAACGUUAUCGACCGAUGGUAAAUUGUGUUCAAGUCCAUAGACUUGGCAAAGAAACGACGCUCUAGGUGAAAGAAAUGUUUCUCGUGGAAGAUACUUUUUACAGUCACAGAGCAAAGUAAAACAGUAGCAUCCAAAAAGUGUAUGUCAAAGAGCUUGAUAAUUUGAUCGAGAUAACGACAUACACGCAACGCUUUAUAUCGUUCUCUCCUCAAUAAAAUAUUUUAUGUUAUAUUUUUAUCCUAUUAAGUCAACCAUACUUCUUUUCUUCACCUAUUGUUUUCGCUUUCUCUUCAAGAUCUGUUGUUGAAAACUUCUUACACGGUCUAGAAAAUGUGGCUUGUGUACUUAUCAGACAAUGAUAACGUGUAAAAAUGUAUUUGAUAACAAGUAAUAAUAGUUAUCGUUUAUCAAAGUAUUUCUAAUAGAGCACAAUGAUCAGAAAUACAUCUUGUUGUUACUUUCUUAAUGCAACUUUAGAAGUUGCAUUUAGUUAAUUCAAUGAGUAUCAAGUAUAUAAUACAAUACUAAAGUAAAUACAGUAGAAUAAUUAAGUUCUUACUGACAAUAUUUUACACGACUUUAUAUGCACAUACAUCCUGAAUAAAUUUUUCAACCAGA